AUGGCAUGGUCGUUGUUAUGGAUGUUUGGAGGAGGAGAGGGUUAUGGAUGUUUGGAGGAGGAGAGGCCUUUCAAAGAAUUGCAAAGUCUUGAUUUGGGAUGGAAUGGAUUGGUUGGUUGCUUGGAGAAUGAAGGCUUCCAAGUCCUAUCAUCAAAACUGAGCAAUCUUGACCUAAGUGAAAACCGAUUUAAUAAUGAUAAAAGCAUUUCGUCAUGUUUCAAUGGUAACCUUUCCACUCUCGAGUCUUUGGAUCUUUCAGCCAAUCAGCUGACAGCUGGAUCUGGAGGUUUCAAAGACUUGUCAUCAAGGUUGAAAAAGCUGGAGAACCUUCAUCUAAGGUUUAAUCAAUACAACAAUAGCAUUUUUUCAUCCCUAACUGGGUUUUCAUCCCUCAAAUCUUUGGAUCUAUCAGGCAAUCAGCUGACAGGAUCAGGUUUAAGGAAGCUGGAAUUCCUGCAGUCAUUGCCAUCCCUGAAGACCCUAUCUCUCAAGGAUACUAAUUUAAGUCAAGGAACUUUCUUCAAUUCAAGCACCCUUGAAGAAUUGUAUCUAGAUAAUACUUCUCUCCCAGUAAACUUUCUCCAGAACACUAGAGCAUUGCCUGCUCUUAAAGUUUUGUCUGUUGCUGAAUGUGACCUCCAUGACACCCUACCCGCUCAAGAUUGUUUGGGAAACUUGUCAUCUCUACAACUAUUAGAUGUUUCUGAUAACCAGUUUACUGGAAAUAUUGCAUGUGGUCCUCUUACCAACCUCAUAUCCCUUGAAUUCCUCUCACUAUCAAAUAACCUCUUUGAAUUUCCUACUUCAAUGAAACCUUUCAUGAACCACUCAAGCCUCAAGUUCUUCUCCAGUGAGAACAACAGACUAGUAAUGGAACCUGCUGGCGUUGAUAAUUUGAUUCCAAAGUUCCAACUAGUCUUUUUCCGCUUGUCAAGUAGUCCAACAUCGGAAGCACUCAAUGUAGAAAUUCCCGACUUCCUCUAUUACCAAUACGACUUAAGAACCCUUGAUCUCUCCCACAACAACAUCGCCGGAAUGUUUCCAUCGUGGUUGCUUAAGAACAAUACACGAAUGGAGCAACUAUAUCUGAGCGAGAACUCCUUUGUUGGUACUUUGCAGUUGCUAGAUCACCCAUAUCCGAAUAUGACCGAAUUAGAUAUAUCCACCAACAGCAUGAAUGGUCAAAUUCCAAAAGAUAUUUGUUUGAUCUUUCCAAAUAUGUGGAUCUUAAAGAUGGCUAAGAAUGGAUUCACAGGUUAUAUUCCUUCUUGUUUAGGAAAUAUUAGCUCUCUUUCAUUUUUAGAUUUAUCCAACAAUCAAUUGUCUACAGUAAAACUAGAACAACUAACAACAAUAUGGGUUCUCGAGCUAUCAAACAACAAUUUGGGUGGGCAAUUACCGACCUCGAUGUUCAAUUCUUCUAGCCUGGCUUUUCUCUACCUAAGUCGUAACAACUUUUGGGGUCAGAUAUCAGAUUUUCCAUUAUAUGGGUGGAAACUGUGGAGUGUAUUGGACUUGAGUAACAAUCAAUUUUCAGGCAUGCUUCCAAGGAGCUUUGUUAAUUUUACGAGUCUUGGAGCAAUUGAUUUGUCCAAAAACCAUUUUAAGGGUCCGAUCCCAAGAGACUUUUGUAAGUUUGACCAGCUUGAAUAUUUGGACCUUUCUGAGAACAACUUGUCUGGAAAUAUGCCAUCUUGUUUCAAUCCACCACAAAUAACCCAUAUUCAUCUAUCCAAAAAUAUAUUGAGCGGUCCAUUAAAAUACGGAUGUUAUAACAGCUCUUUCUUUGUUACGAUGGAUCUUCGAGAUAACAACUUUACCGACUCCAUUCCAAACUGGAUUGGCAAUCUUUCAUCAUUGAGUGUUCUUCUUCUGAGGGAUAAUCUCUUUGAUGGAAAAGCUUAUUAUGAAACAUUGGGUCCACCGCUAAUGGAUAGCAUGGACAACUUGAGAAAGGGUUUAUGGCUUAACUUUACAGAAGAAGUGAUAGCAUUUACAACUAAAAAUAUGAAUUAUGGUUACAAGGGGAAAAUUCUCAGCUUCAUGUCUGGUAUUGAUCUGUCUAAUAACAAUUUCAUAGGAGUAAUCCCACCAGAAUUUGGAAACUUAAGUAAGAUAUUGUCUUUAAACUUAUCGCACAACAAUCUCAUUGGAUCUAUCCCUGUAACAUUCUCAAACUUAAAACAGAUUGAGAGCUUGGAUCUUUCUUACAACAACUUGAAUGGUGUCAUCCCGCCACAGCUUACUAAAAUUACCACACUGGAAGUUUUUAGUGUGGCGCACAAUAACUUGUCAGGUAGGACACCCGAGAGAAAAUAUCAGUUUGGGACCUUCGAUGAAAGCUGUUACGAAGGAAAUCCUUUCUUGUGUGGACCUCCAUUGCGAAACAAUUGUAGUGAGGAAGCAGUGUCGUCACAACGAGUGCCUGAUGAUGAACAAGGAGAUGAUGGUUCCAUAGACAUGGAGUUUUUCUACAUCAGUUUCGGUGUAUGUGCAGGUGGUUGUACUUCAUCGAAGACUGCAUAG